CGCGGUGGCAGCGGCAGCAGCGGCGGCUCCGGGGCCCGGUACCGGUACCGGGGGAUGUCGGGACCGGGCGGGCCGGGCCCCGGUGGCGGGAAGGUGGAUAUUAACCGUGCCGGUGUCGCUGAGCUGGAGGGAGCGCUUAGCGGCAUCGGACGCCGCCGGGCCCGCGGGAUCGUCAGGAAAAGAGAGGAGCUGAAGGGUUUCAGCUCUCUGGAUGAUCUCCUGCACGUCAAGGGCAUCACCACCCGCAUCCUGGAGCUCAACAGCCAACGCAUCACCUGCCAGCGCCCCAGCAGCCCUGGGGACAGCACAGCUCUGCCCCAGGUGGACUCCCAGGAGGAUGUUCCGGGCACCUGGGAGCCAGAACCCCCCGGGAAAGACAGCACUGGGGGGGACAACUCCAGUGGGCAAGGGGCUCAGGAGCCCCCCCUCAGCUCCAGGCUGUGCAGCCACCAGGAGGAGGAGGAGGAAGAAGAGGAAGAGGAGGAGGAGGAGGAGAGCUGCUGCAGCGAGGAGGGGGAGGACAGCACCAAUCUCUACCUCUACUACAGCCUGGGGGAGCGCUGGGUCGAGUACCUGCAGCGCAGCCAGGACGGGGGGCUGCUGCGGAGAGCCCGGGCCAAGAUGAAGAGGAAGUCAGAGAACGGUCUGGACAGCCGUGCCCUCUCCCCGGGCAAGAAGCUCUGCAAGGGCUCUGAAUAUGGCAGGACACUGGGUCCCUGCACCCCCAGCCCCACCACCACCUUUGGGGACCUGCGCAACGCCAAGGCAGGGGGCCCGGCCCGGCGCCGCCACAUCCCCUCGGUGCUGCCCCCCCCCGAGCUGCAGGACUGGCUCCGAACCUUCCAGAGGUGGAGUGGCCCUGAGAAGCUGCUGGCUCUGGACGAGCUGAUCGACCGCUGCGAACCCUCCCAGAUCAAGUACAUGAUGCAGGUGAUUGAGCCCCAGUUCCAGAGGGACUUCAUCUCCCUGCUGCCCAAGGAGCUGGCCCUCUAUGUCCUCUCUUUCCUGGAGCCCCGGGACCUGCUCCGUGCUGCCCAGACCUGUCGGUACUGGAGGGUCCUGGCUGAGGACAACCUGCUCUGGAGGGAGAAGUGUCGGGAGGAAGGGAUCCAGGAGCCGCUGUCGCUGCGGAAGCGUCGGGCGCUGAGCCCCGGGUUCCCCUACAGCCCCUGGAAAUUCGCCUUCCUCCGGCAGCACCGGAUCGACGGGAACUGGCGCAGUGGUCCCCUCCGGGCACCCAAGGUGCUGAAGGGACACGAUGACCACGUCAUCACCUGCCUGCAGUUCUGUGGCAACCGCAUCGUCAGUGGCUCUGAUGACAACACACUCAAGGUCUGGUCGGCUGUCACUGGGGAGAUGAGGGACAGCAUCGUCAUCAGCGGCUCCACCGACCGCACCCUGAAGGUGUGGAACGCGGACACGGGGGAAUGUGUCCACACCCUCUAUGGCCACACCUCCACCGUGCGCUGCAUGCACCUCCACGGGAACAGGGUGGUCAGUGGCUCCCGGGACGCGACACUGCGGCUCUGGGACAUCGAUUCAGGGCAGUGCCUGCACGUGCUGAUGGGACACGUGGCCGCCGUGCGCUGCGUGCAGUACGAUGGCCACAAAGUGGUCAGUGGGGCCUACGACUACACCGUGAAGGUCUGGGACCCCGAGAGUGAGAGCUGCACCCACACCCUGCAGGGACACACCAACCGUGUCUACUCCCUCCAGGUGAGCACAGCCCUGGGCCUGACCCACCCCCCCUUGCUGGUCCCAGCCAGGAUCUUGGUGGCCACCUUGGCCACCUGGGCACCUUCUGGCUCCUAUUCAGUGCUGUCGGCAGCUCCCCAGAAGGUGAAGGUCCGUCCCAUCCAUGGUUCCAGCAGUGGACAGGAGCAGACACUUAAUAAACCACGUAAAGAACAGAGGGAGCAGGAAGAGGACUUGGGUGGUGAACACCUCCAGCCCUCAGCAAGUGAAGUGCUGGGAGCUCCUGAGCCAGAGCUUCCACCCUGA